AAACAAUGAUCAAUGUGUCAAACUUUCAAAUUAAUUUGUUUGAUUUGGAAAUGUUAUUUAUAAAAUUAUAAAACAAUUUAAUAUUUAAUCUCUUGCGAAAUGACAUAAUGAAAAAGUCGAAUCCAUACGUUUAUUACGUAAAAAAGCGGUUAAAAAACUUACAACUGAGUGGAUUGCGAAGGGGGUUACAAUCAUCUACACUGAAGCAAAUUGAUUAUAUGUGUAACUUUACAGAAGUAAAUACAAUCAAAAGAAAGCGUAAAAGGAUAAUAAUUUCGCUAAUAAUAAUCUCAAUUUUAACAGUGGUUGUAAGUAGUAUAGUGCACAAUAUAUUGACGGCUAGAUGUUUAGUACCUCUAAAUUACUUGGUGUGGGAAGCGACGCGUCCUCUCGCCGAUUGCGACUAUUGUGUGAAUAUUACGAAACCUAUUAUACUACAGAAUGUUACUCGUCACGACUUCAAAAAAUAUGCUUACACGUCGAAACCAAUUGUAAUAAAAAAAAUUAUUAAUCACUGGAGAGCAGUAAAAGACUUCAAUUAUUAUCUGUUUAAAAGACUUUAUGAACACACAAUUGGAAGUUAUGAAUUAUUUGAUGAAGGUUGUCAAUUCCUUAAUUUUAAAUCUGACCUUUUUUCUCUAAAAGAAGUCUUCAAUAUGCCUAAGGAAAGAAUAAAGAAUGAACCUGGUCAGAAACCUUGGUAUGUUGGAUGGGCAAAUUGUCAUCCUGAUAUCAGAUCAAAAAUAAGGCAAUACUAUGAGAUACCGGAAUUCUUACCUGAUGAUGCAGAGUUUCCCGAGACUGAAAACAUAUUUUUUGGUUAUGAGAUUGGGGCAGUGAUGCAUUUGGAUUACAUACCUCGUCUGAUGUGGCAAGGACAGAUAAAGGGCAGUAAAAACUGGACAAUAGCCCCUGUGCCAGAAUGUGAACAUAUUUGUCACAAAUUUCAAUAUUAUGUUGAGCCAGGUGAUAUUGUAUUAUUGGACACAAGAGUGUGGUAUCAUGCAACAAGUAUACCAAAGGGGCAGUUUUCUGUCACACUGCAGUCUGAAUAUGCUUAGCUUUUAAGAGUACAAAGUAUUAUACUGUAAACAUAUCUAAAUGCCAAAUAAUUUAGUAUUUUUCUAUACAAUUAUUUAUUGUAAGUUUAAUUAUAAUGUGGCAUUUUUGUAGUGUGACUACUAUUUACUUUAUACAACUUUAUUUUUGUAUUCAAUAAAGGAUUUACUGAUAAAGGAUGGGUUUUAAUAAAAACAUAGUUUUAAUAAUUUUUUAUCUAUUUCUAUGAUCAAUAUCAGUUAAUAAAGACAUAGUUAGAAGAACCAAGUUGAAGAACAUCCGCCACAAAUACAUAAAGUCAACUUUGUGUUCUUCCAACUAAAUUCUUUAUUUAAAAGACCAAAUACUUUAAAAGUUUACAUAGAGAUCAGGUUUGAAACUCUGGAGAGACUAACCUCAUGAGUUGUUACAAACACUUACUGAUAUUAUGGUAAUAAGUUUCCAAUAAGAAUUAUUAUUAUCAGGCAAAAUUGUACAGCUCCCAAACACAAAUAUGCAUAUGAAUGCAAUUUUACAAUAGCAAAAAAUAUAUAUAAUUUAUUUGAUCAAAUCAGAUGCCAGUAUUUUAGUGGACUUUGACAUGGCAAAAUAUCACAAAACAAUAAACAUAGUGUAUAAGCAAUACUUUAAAAAAAA